AUGUCGUGCGGUGGAUAUUCUGAAGUUGUCAAAGCAGAUGGAGAAAUCCAGAAGAUCUGUGACGCUAUGAAGCACGAGGCUGAAGCAAAGACAGGGAAAACCUACAUCCUCUUCACAGCCAAGUUGUACAGGAAGCAGGUUGUGGCCGGGACCAACUACUUGAUUAAGGUCCAUGUGGGAAAAGAAGAAUAUGAUCAUCUCAUCGUUUACCAAAAACUGCCAUGUAAUGGAGGAACCCUUGAGCUGACUGGCAUACAGCAAUGCAAAAGAAGUGACGACCCCCUUGUGCCUUUCUAA